UCCAGGACGAGAUGGCUACCCGGGUCCAUUGGGUAUGGAUGGCAAGCCUGGACCUCCAGGACAAAAAGGCAGUCAGGGAAUGCCAGGACCAAAAGGAGAUAAGGGUGACCAGGGAGACAUGGGACCCAGGGGACCACCAGCCUACGCUGCCUCUGCAGGCCUGCUCAGUAAUCAGAUUCUCACGGUUAAGGGUGAUCAAGGUCAGGCUGGUCCCCCAGGACCUCCAGGAACACCUGGUCCCAGAGGGCCUCCAGGAAACACAGGCAAAGAUGGGCCACAGGGCCACCCAGGAGAGCCGGGUCCUCCUGGAAAAGAUGGAAAUGAGGGACCAAGAGGCCCACCUGGCAUGCAGGGUACAAAUGGUGUCAAUGGCAUGCCUGGACCACAGGGCCCUUUGGGGCCAAAGGGGGAUCAGGGUGCUCCAGGUACUGAGGGGAAAAAGGGGAUUGAUGGAUCCCCUGGCUUGAAGGGAGAUGUUGGGGAUCCAGGACCCCAGGGUUUGCCUGGAGAGAAAGGAGCUACUGGCUUCACCGAAAAUGCUGAUCUGGCUGCUAGACUCAAAGCACUGCAGGGGCCUCCAGGCCCUCCUGGAGAGCAAGGGCCAAAAGGAGAAAUGGGAUUACAUGGAGCGCAAGGACCUGAAGGAAAGCAGGGCCAUAAGGGAGAGAGAGGUGAUGCAGGAGAGCCUGGAGCAGCAGGAGCAAAAGGGGAAAAGGGGGAUAUUGGGCUAACAGGGCCUUCAGGAUCAGCAGGGCAAAAAGGAGAUAAAGGAGACUCUAGGCUUGAGGACAAUUUGGACCAGAUUAUCUCUUUGCCUGGACCACCAGGGCCUCCUGGACCCCCUGGGCAUGCCGGAUAUCAUGGAUUGCCUGGACCCAAGGGAGAGCCUGGUGAGGCAGUCAAAGGAGAAAAGGGAGAUGCUGGAGAGAAAGGUCCAUCUGGGCAACGGGGUCCUCAAGGCUUUCCAGGGUCUAAUGGCUUAGUAGGCCUGCCAGGUGCAAAGGGUGAAAAGGGAAAACAAGGUGAACCAGGAUUAGAUGGUUUCCCAGGGCUUCAAGGAGAAAAGGGGGAGAGAGGAGACAGGGGGGAGAAGGGUGAGAGAGGCUCAAUAGGAAAGAAAGGUCUGAAAGGACUGAAGGGAGAGCAGGGACCUCCAGGGCUUGAUCAGCCUUGUCCUGUGGGGCGAGAUGGACUGCCCAUACCAGGAUGCUGGCAUAAGUAAAGACUAACCUGGAGCAUGGAAUUUGUACAUAUUGAUAUAUAUUUUGCAAGUAACGUUUGCUUUUUUUCUCCCAAAUUUUUUUAGUAAUCGCUUUUUUAAUAAAUUGGGUUUUCAUACAGGAGCCCCUGCAAAAAUAAUGUCUAUCGCUGCAUUAACAAAAGAGGGGGUUAUCCACUGCCACAAUAACAAGUGUAGAAAAGC